AAGGAGCUAAUUGGUGAAGGCAGCUUUGGUAAAGUUGCCCAGUGUGUAAACUUAGGUACGUCACAGACUGUGGCGCUCAAGGUCCUCAAAACCAAGUCGAAUGUGAUAUCCAAAAUGGAGAUCAAAAUGCUUGAAAUUGUGAGCGCUCUCGACCCAGUAAAAAAGAGCAUUGUUAGGUUUAUAGAAAACUUUGAACACGAAGGGUUUACGUGUUUGGCUUUUGAAAUGCUUGACGUGAGCCUUUUCGAUUUCGUCGUCAAGAAACGCAAGAAGCCGCUGUCUAUCAGUGAGAUACGGCCGAUAACACACCAGUUGCUCACAGCCUUUGAGGCGCUGAAAGGUAUUGGAGUCAUUCAUGCAGACUUGAAGCCUGACAACAUCAUGCUGGUAAACCAUUCCUGUGAGCCAUUCAGGGUUAAAUUAAUCGAUUUCGGCUGCUCCCUUCACACCUCCACAGUCACGCUAGGAAUGACCAUCCAGCCCAUGGGAUACCGAGCACCCGAGGUGACUCUUGGCCUCCCAAUUUCUGAGGAAGUGGACAUGUGGGCGCUCGGCUGUGUUCUCACUUUCCUGCACAUCAGCCAACACCUUUUUGCAACAACUUGCGAGUACCAGAUGAUGAGAACCAUCGUGCAAAUACGAGGGCAGCCGGCGGACUCGCUCCUUUUAACAGGAAAAUACAGCCAGAAGUAUUUUACCCACUUAAACUUUGAACAGUGGAAGUUAAAGACUCCAGAUGAAUACGAGAUUACAACUGGAGCAGAGACUAAAACAUGGAAGAUAAGGUUAAAGUCUCUGGAUGCCCUGAGAACUCAGUGCAAAGAGACGAGAGAAGUGUUCAGUGAAUGUGAAGAUCAAAAUGAAUUUGUUAGCUUUAUAAAACGUCUUCUCAGCAUUCAAGCGGAGAGAAGAAUCACUCCUGCCGAGGCUCUGAAGCAUCGCUAUGUCUCUAUGGCUCAUCUGGUGCAUGAGAGCCACACCAGCUCUUAUGUGGACAACGCUUUCGAUCAGAUGCUAGUGUGCCCCAUAGAAGGAUUUGAAGAGGAGCUCCUCUCAGAUAGCGAGGAUGAGGAAAAGCCAACAUAUGACAUAAUUUUAAGCUCAGCAUGUUCCAGUGAUGGAAUAGCAGUCACGGGACAUUUGAAUAGUAGUGACGCAUCUUUAAAGGCAUCAGCAUCUGAUGGACAAAGCGAGGAAGAUAUAACACAGGACAACCACCAACCUAAAAACAUCCCGGUUUUUGUGUGCACUGCAUGCGGGACCUUCUUCAGGAAAUAAAUAUCAAACCCUUUGAUUCAACAGAAGUUUGUACCUGCAGGUCAAGACAUCACUGAUUCUGUUGUAAAGGAUCCUUCAUUGUCCAAACUGUAACAUCGCACUGCAUGUUUGACUAGAAUGAAUUCUUUGAUCUGUGUCUAAGCACAGCACGACGACUGGAAGAGGUAGGCCAGGGCACGGCACCAUUUUGCAGCCAAGUCGUAGCAUGACUGUAACUCCAUUGCUACUCUCAAGUUCUUAUUGAUUACAAUACAAUUUGCAACAGAUAUAAAAUGCAAACAUUUUAAAUAGUCUAAACAUCAAUCCCACAGCAUGGUUGUGUGUGUCAUGUCUGUGUAAUCAUGUUUUGUUUAGUUAUAGGACUCUUUAGUUUCUGUCUUUUCACUCCCUUGUCUUGUUUCCAUGAUUACCCCAUUAGUUUCACCUGUUCCACGUUUGGACUCAUUGUGCACUCUUGAUUGUCACCAUAGCAACCCAUUAGUUUUCACCUGUCACGUCACGCACCUGUUUCACGUCUUGAGUCACGCACCUGUUUUCGUUAAUCAUGUCUGUAGUAUUUAAGUUCAGUGUUUUUCAGUUUGUCUUUCUGACAACCUCACCACAUUUAUGCUCUGUCCAUGCCUGAUACUUCUUUCCAUGUCCAUUCUCCAUGCAACUAUUUUUGUCCAAGCCAAGUAAGUUUUUGUUCCAUGUUUAUAGUCUUUUUGGUUUCAUAGUUUGUUCUCCGCCAUUGUGCGUGUUUUUCAUUUGUACUUUUUGCUAUAGUCUUUUGAUUUCAUAGUUUAUUCUCCGCCACUGUGCGCGCUUUCAUUUAUUCCUUUUUUUUUUUAUAAUAAUUA